AUGCCUCGAGAAAAAUCAGAGGAAGCGCAGUGGUGGUAUGAAGCUGUGUAUUCGGCCAUCCAGCAAAUCCCCCACGGCAAAGUCACCAGCUACGGACACAUCGCCCUCCUCCUCGACUUUCCCAAACGCGCAAGACAGGUCGGCGUAUGUCUCAAACAUCUGCCCACAUUUGAUUCUGCCAAUCCGGACCAGUACUUUUUCCACGAUCAAAAUGUCCCUUGGCAGAGAGUGGUCAACUCCAAGGGCGGCAUCAGUCCGCGCGGCGAUGACGGAGCGGCGGCAAACAGACAGGCGGAAAGAUUGCGUGCGGAGGGGGUUGAAGUCAACCCGGCUAGGGGUAUUGAGGAGAUGACGGUCGAUUUCGGCAAAUACGGGUGGUUUCCAUCAAGACUGCCGGACGAGGAGAGCGAGGAUGACAUGCGAAGCCAGUAG